AUGUAUUUCUUUUGUUCUUUUAUAUAUCUCUCUUUUAUUUUAUUUUUUUUGUUUCCUUUUGUUUUACAUCGAAGAUUUAUUAUUUAUUCCCUACAACUUUAUCGUCUGCCAUGUUUCUCCGUCUCGUCUUCAUAUUCUCUCUAUUUAUUAUUUUCUUCUUUUAUUUCUUUAUUCAGAUUAACUUUAACUGUCAAUUUAUAUUUUAUCCUCUGCAAUAUUUAUCUUGCUCGCUCAUCCUCUCCAUCUUUCGUUCGCUCGCUCCUUCUUUCCCUCGCGUUCUUCUUCUAUCGCUCAUCAUUUUUCUUCAUCAUUUUUCUUUAUUUUGCCUAUUUAGUCGCACUUUUUUCUCUCUCUCUCUCUUUAUAUUCUUUCCUUUUUUUUUUCCCUUUCUCUCUCUCCCUCUCUCUCUCUCUCUCUCUCUCUCUUUCUCUUUAUAUCCUUGCUUUUUCUUCAUUAUUUCCUAUCUUUUACUCGUCUAACUUUUUAGUGAUUUAUUCUUUUCCGCCCCGUUUAUAUUUAAUCAUCUGCCAUGAUCCCCCCUCUCUCGUACUUUAUAUUCUUUUCUUUUUCUUUCCUCUUUACUCUCUCUCUCUCCCCAACUCUCCUUAUAUCCUUCUUUUUUCUUCAUUAUUUCCUAUCAUUUACUCUUCUAUUUUUUAUCGAUAUUCUUUUUACUCUCUGUUUAUAUUUAAUCAUCUGCCAUGUUUCUCACUCUCUCUCUUUUUUUAUAUUCGUUUUUAUCUAAUUUCUCUUUUCUUUUCUGUAACUGUUUUCUUCCUUUCCUUCUCUAAUACGUUUUUUUUUUCUUUAUUCCCUUUCACUUUGUUUCUCGUCGUUGAUUUUCUUUCUGUCUAUCGAUUCAUAUUUUAUCGUCUGCCAUUUUUUCUCUCUUUCUCGUUUUUUUUUUCUCUUUUAUAUACUUUCUUUUUUGUUCAUCAUUUUUCCUUUUGUAUAUUCAUUCUAACAUUUUUUUCUCUUAUACUCUUUUCUUUUCUUCCUAUCCCAUUUUAUUUUAAUUCUCUUCAUUGA